AUGCCUGCCGCUUGUUCAUCAGAUGGCCAUCUGAUGAACGUUUUGGAGCGUCCACAAGCGUGUGGAUGUACUACGAGUGAGUGCGAUGGCCUCACUUGUGGUACGGUCGUUAGUACGACUGCACAAAACCUUAGUGUACCAAACGGUUACACUUCGGAGCAAAGUUCCGGCGGCUGUGAGGAAACACAGGCUGCGCCGAAGGUCCACCACUCGAAUAAGUCGGGUGGACUGGGACAAAGAUGUAUCCCUAGAGGGGAACAUCUAGAAGAGAAACAAUCGAUCGCUCAGGUUAAGCGAAACGAUAAUCCUAGAUCGACUGGAGAGUCUUUCGUAGAGGAUCUCGCUGUGGUUGCGCAACCCCAGCUAGAGGAAGUAAAGGGAAUAAGUCCCAAGAUUACAAAUACGGCGGAAAUAAGUUCCCCGAAACCCGCGGGAAUAAGUCCCCGGGAAGACGAAGGAAUAAGUCCUUCGAAGCCUGAGGGAAUAAGUCCCCAGGAAAUGACAGAGACAUUGAAUGUCAUAGUCAAUAACGGAUCAUGUGUAGGCGCUUAUACACUUGAUCUGAUUGCGCCUCCGAAGUUAACUUCGGAGAUCACUCAGUUGCCAACGCUCGAACAUAAGAGGUUCUUGCGUGAUCUGCGUAGUGGCAAAGUCAAGCAGAUCUGCAUACUCGUCGCUGACGACGAGUGUGUAACCGACAUAAGGUCAGCAACAGUGUUUACUGAGAACGAGAGAGUUCUCAGUAGUUCAUCUAUGGACGAGAGUGUCCUAGAUGAAAAGACACGAAUUGAGCGAUAUGAGUCCCAAUCAUGGGAAUCGCUCAAGGAAAAUCCUCUCUAUGAAGAUUUGGUUGAAUUCAAGGAUGUAUUCCCUGAAACUGUUCCGUGCGAAUUACCGAAGGAUAAAGGUAUUCGACACGAAGUCGAGCUUAAACCAGGCUCGAAGUACUGUGUCAUGAAGCAGUGGCCACUGCCUCGUGAACAAGUACUUGCGAUCGACAAGUUCUUUGCCGAUCGUUUAGCAGCGGGCCAUGUGAGGGAAUCAACUUCCCCACAUAGCUCUCCGACCUUCUGUGUGCGAAAAGCAACAGGAGGGUGGCGGAUAGUGCACGCGUUUAACAAAUUGAACGCUGCAACGGUACCGGCUCAGACGCCGAUACCGAGGAAGGACGUAAUCAUUGAUGGUAUGUCAAAGAGUACCAUCUUUUCGUCCAUGGAUUUGAUGGAUGGCUUCUAUCAAAUCCUAAUGCGGGAACGGGAUAUACCCUAUACCGCAGUUAGCACGCCUAGCGGCAUGCUCUGGGAAUGGCUAGUAAUGCCACAAGGGCUCAGUAAUGCCCCUGCCACGUUCAACAGGUGUGUAUCACAUCUGUUGAGGCCAGUACGAGAAUUCGCGCCGAGUUAUUUCGAUGACGUAUUCAUCCAUAGUCGAGCUAUGGAUGGAAAGUCGGACGUUGAGGUUCACAAGUACCACGUCCGACAAGUUCUUACAAUCAUGCGAAAGCAUCAAUUGUAUGCAAACCUCAAGAAGUGUAUAUUUGCAGCAAGCGAAAUGCCACUUCUUGGGUGCAUCGUUGGUAAGAACGGUGUACGUCCUGAUCCCGAAAAGAUCAAGGCGAUCACCGACUGGCCCGUGCCGGUCGAUGUCAAAGGUCUUCGAAAAUUCCUUAGCUAG